UUUGGGGUGGCAUGAAAGUUUUAUUUUUCUACAAAUUUACACAUUUGAUAGAAAGGUCCUUGAAGGUCUAAGCCAAAAACUAACCCAUCCCACAGAAAUGGCGACAAUAGUGGGAAGCCCCAGAUUAAACUACAGCAUCACAAUCACUCUUCCAUUUCAUCCAUGAAAAAACGUAAGUGAAAAACAACUAUUGAUUAAAUAACUAACUUGAAAGAGGCUUGUUAACAGUUUCAGGAAUUGCAUUUCCCUUUUGAUCGAUCAACCACAUAUAUAAAAAAUCAUCCAUACAUAGUUCCUCCUCACCGGGAGGGCAGGAGAUGGAAAAGAAGCAUAGAAGAGGAAAAGGAUCCUCUAUCAUCACCCACGCCUCCUCUCCGGCGCUGCCACCGCCGCCUACAAUGGUGACCCUCCUGGUUGUUCUUCUUUCCGUCUUCAUUGCUGACCCGACCCGUGUUCAUGCACAAGACUUCAUGGUUCUCCCUGCAAGAGCGUUCGAAACCUUCGUUCCUCACGAUAACUACCUCCUCGAUUGUGGUGCCACCUCCUCCGCCACCCUUCCUGGCGGGAGAAUCUUCCAGCCUGACCAGAACACCAACAAAUACUUGACUUACAGCGGAGACGAGAUUCAGGUUUCGAUUCCGCCUGCAGAUGGUAAAGGCAUCCCAGCCAUAUACCUCAAUGCAAAUGUAUUCCUCAGCGAAGCCACAUACACCUUCCAUGUCACCUCGCCGGGAUUGCAUUGGAUACGACUCCAUUUCUAUCCGUUGAAUGCAGGCGGCCAUGACUUAAAGACGGCGAGAUUCUCGGUCGUAACCGAGACAUUAGUCCUUCUCCGAGAAUUCGAAGUGGCCAACAACACCGACCCGUGCGUCAAAGAGUUUUUGGUAAACGUCACGACGGAACGUUUCCCGUUGACGUUCAAGCCAGCAGGGAAAAUAGCAUUCAUCAAUGCCAUUGAAUUUGUCUCCGCGCCUGAGCCGCUAAUCAGUGAUUCCGCCUCUUUGCUCUUCCCUGUUUCCGAACAAUUCGGGUUGUCAGGCAAUGCAUUUGAAACCGUUCACCGUCUCAAUGUAGGAGGACCAAUGAUAGGACCCGAAAAUGACACACUCGGAAGAAGCUGGAAACCAGACGUAGAGUACCUUAACCCUAAGGAAAUGGGGAAAAAUGUUUCUGUCUCACCUGGGAUAAUAUCUUACCCUAAAGGUCGCGGUUCCCCUCUGAUUGCUCCACCUCUAGUUUAUUCAUCCGCGGUGGAAAUGGCAGAUUCUGGGGUUAUGGAAUCAAUUUUCAAUGUCACUUGGCAAUUGGAAAUUGACAACGAUUACACAUACCUAAUCCGCCUCCAUUUCUGCGACAUCGUGAGCAAGACGUUGAAUGAGCUCUACUUCAAUGUCUACAUAAACGACAAAAUGGCGAUUUCCGGUCUGGACUUAUCAACUCUGAAUGGGAAACUAGCAACAGCUUUCUACAAGGAUUUGGUGGUAAAUUCAUCAAUGGUCACCAAUCCUCUGAAAGUCAAAAUCAGUUCAGUAAACGAUGCUCAAGGCAUGAAGAACGCAAUACUCAAUGGACUGGAGGUGUACAGAAUGAACAAUUCAGUCGGUAGCUUGGACGGGGAAUACGGAGUUGACGGGAGGGCGGCGGACGGGCAUUCCGCUGGGGGGAAGACGGCUGCAGCCGUUGGAUUCGCAAUGAUGUUCGGGGCAUUUGUAGGGUUAGGCGCAAUGGCAGCAAAAUGGCAGAAGAGGCCCCAAAACUGGCAGAGGAGACAAAGCUUCUCGUCGUGGUUGCUUCCAAUCCACGCCGGAGAUUCGACCUUCAUGAGCAGCAAGAGCAAGAGCCACCAGUUCUAUUCAUCAUCCACCGGAUUAGGCCGCUUCUUCUCUUUCGCAGAACUACAGGAAGCUACCAAAAACUGGGAUCCGAAGGAGAUCGUCGGCGUCGGGGGUUUCGGCAACGUGUAUCUCGGAACAAUCGACGACGGGACCAAAGUCGCAAUCAAGAGAGGAAAUCCCCAAUCGGAGCAAGGAAUCAACGAAUUCCAGACGGAAAUCCAAAUCCUCUCAAAGCUCAGGCACCGCCAUCUCGUCUCCCUGAUCGGCUACUGCGAUGAGAACGAAGAGAUGAUUCUGGUCUACGAAUACAUGGCAAACGGGCCCUUAAGGGACCAUCUCUACGGAAAAGGCCUUCCUACCCUCACAUGGAAACAGCGGCUGGAGAUCUGCAUCGGGUCGGCCCGCGGGCUCCAUUACCUCCACACCGGAGCCGCACAAGGAAUCAUCCACCGCGACGUUAAGAGCACCAACAUCUUGCUGGAUGAGAACUUUGUGGCGAAGAUGGCGGAUUUCGGGCUGUCCAAAGACGGCCCGGCGACCGGACAGACCCACGUCAGCACGGCCGUGAAGGGCAGCUUCGGGUACCUUGACCCGGAAUACUUCCGGAAGCAACAGCUUACUGAUAAAUCGGACGUCUACUCGUUUGGAGUGGUGCUUCUAGAAGCUCUCUGCGCCCGGCCGGCUAUCAACCCGCAGCUUCCGAGAGAGCAAGUGAACCUGGCGGAGUGGGCAAUGCAGUGGAAGAGAAAAGGGUCAUUGGAUAAGAUCAUUGACCCGGCGCUUGUGGGUCAGAUUGACCCGGAAUCAAUGAAGAAAUUCGCAGAAGCGGCGGAGAAGUGUUUGUCCGAGUAUGGUGAUGACAGGCCUUCCAUGGGAGAUGUGCUGUGGAAUCUGGAAUAUGCUUUGCAGUUGCAGGAGAACUCUUCCAUAGGAACGGCAGCCGCGGUCGAGGAAGAAAGCGCCGCCGCCGCCGCACCACCAGCUAAUAAUCAAACUGCCCAAGCUUCUUCUUCUUCACCUGAACAGAGCAGGAACAACACUGGUGGAGGUGAAGGCGGUAAUGAAAGUACGGGAAGUGAACAAUUGGAUUCCUCAACGGGCGAUAAAUCCCAAAAGUGCUGAUCAUGGAAAAAAAGAUUUUUUUAUAAUUACAAAAAAUUCUUGAUAGUUCUUUAAAUCAUUUAUUAUUACUAUCAUUAUUAGUGCUGAUCAAUGGUGCAAAACUGC